AUGGAGGAGAUGGACGUGGACGACCGCGACAUCGGCCGCAUCAUCGGCCGGGCGGGCUGCAACAUCCGCGACCUGCAGGAGGGCACCAAGUGCAAGAUCAUCACGCCCAACAAGCGAGGGGACAACGAUGAUCCUGCGCUGCGGAAGGUCAUCAUCCAAGGCACCAAGGAGCAGAUUGCUAGGUGCAAGGAGGCCAUCAACGGCGUGUUGAUGGGUGAAGAACCCAAAGAUGUUCUUGCUCAGUUAGAUGGAGCUGUGCUCAUCAAGAACAUCGAGCCAAUGUCCAUGGGACAUUUGGCCAAGAUCAAGGGCCGCAUCGAGCAGGACAUGAACGUCCGCAUCGAGCUCGAUGCUCGUUCAGCCCGGAUCUGGAGCAAAGACAAUGACCACGACAAGGCCAUUGAUGCCAAAGAGAAGAUCGAAGAAGAGAUGGAAGACAUCACUACUGUGGAUACUCUCACAGUGACUGUGCCGGCCAAUAUCGUGAAUCAGGUGAUCAAUGACAGCGCCUUGAGGCAGUUGCAGGAUCAAACGGGCCUCACCGCCAACGUCUGCAAGAACGACCAGGGCACUGGCAUCCGCUUGACCGGUCUAUCUGGUGCGAUCCAGGAGGCGAAAGCUCUCAUCGAGCGUCGAAGCACUGGUGAGGGGGCGGAGUUCCUGGCGCUGAUGCCCGGCCUCUUUCAGAAGAUGCAGCCCAAGGCUUACUCAGACUUCCAGAGAGACUUGAGCUUUCUGAUGCAGAACACCGGCGCCCAGGUGACCAUCGCGGAGGGCUCCAAUCGCGCAGACUUCCGUGGCGGCCCCGAUGAGGUGAGACAGGCAAAAUCCGAGCUGCAAAAGAUCUUACACUUCUACUUUCCACAGGAGUGUGACACGAUCGAGCUGCCGCCAGAAUCCGUGGAUUGGGUGGCGGGCGACGAUGACCGGGAGCUCAUGAGACUUCAGAGUGCCGGCGCCGUCAUUGCGCUGGACCGGGCUGCAGCCACAAUGUGGAUGUGUGGCAACCCGAGGUCUGUGGAGCAGGUGCGCAACCGCAUCCGGAACUCGCUCCAGCGCUGGGACCGAGAGCACGCGGUGAUCCGGCUCCCCUCGCGCGAGUCGGGCUGGGCGAUCAUCGGCAAAGGCCGCGCAUCAGCGGGAGGGAUGGUGAUGAUGGUGAGUGGAUACGGGAGGGAUGGUGAGUGGAUGGCUGAAAAUUGGCCUGUGGACUGGGAAGAUCAGGCUCCAUUCGAGAGCUCAGGUGGCUCCACCAUUCGAGAGCUGCAAACCUCCACUCAGAUUGGCGCCCUGGAAGAUGAGGAAGAAGAGCUUGAGGAAGAUCCUGAGGAAGCGCAUCCUGAAGAUGAGUCAGAUGACGAUGUUGAUGAAGAUCAAGAGGUCGCUGAACCCUCCCGAUCCUCACGGUUGACCAAAGUGAAAGAUGUCAGAAAGGCUUCAAAGUCAAGCAAGAAGGUGCAAGAGGUUGGGGAGCAAUCGUUGGAGAAAAAGAAGCGAAAGACUCGGGCAGCCCGCAACGCCGUGUGCUUCCGCUAUUUCGAAGGCCGGUGCAAGUUUGACGACUGCAAAUUCCUGCACGUGAAUCCCAGCAAGCUCACUCAUGACGAGCGAGCUCAAGUUCUAAGAGAGCUGCCUCUCCGUCCGUACAGUAAGAAGCUGGCUGAGGUGAUCGCAUCUUUGAACAUUCCUCGUUGCAAAGACUUUCAUCAAAGGGGCGGCUGCAAGAGACCUGCGGGCAAGUGCCAUUUUUGGCACCUCACCGAUGCCACGGUGGCUCAGUGGGCGGGCCGUGGAGGCCGUGGAGGCCGUGGCAUUCAGGAGUCGACGGAGCUCGAGGAACUUGUGUCUCUGAGGGGCCGUGGUCGACAUGGCAAGAGCAAGUCUUCCAGUGCCCAGAACACACGUGAGGAAAAGAGGCCCAGCAAUUCACCAGUACGAGCCAUUUAUGCAAUGAACUUGGGAGCCCUGCAAGAUGGAGACGAGUUCAUGCCCAAUGAAGUUCAUUGUUGGAGGGACCUUUUUGCAGGGAGUGAAGCAGAUUCUGGGGAUUUGGAGUCGAUGGUGAAUGCUGAAAACGCUGCCAGGGCACCAUGA